UCGACCCUGUUGGAAAGUUUGUCACACAACAGAGAGAAAAGGGGUCUACGCCUGUAUGCGUCACUAUCACAUGACAAACGCUUGGAGACAGCUUAAUUUUCCUCUGCCUGCCUGCAAUUUCCAUUUGCCUUUCUGGCUCUUCUUUUUGGUCUUCCUGGAAGUGUCUCCUGCUGCCACCCUAUUUAUUGUGGGAACCUGCAAUGAUGGAGUAGUGGAAGAGCAGAUACAAGGGAUUGGCCUCUAAACUCAAGGUUGUGUGGGAAUAUUGCUGAGGGUAGUGAACUGUAAUGUUUGGAAGAAGGAGACUGAAGGUGAGAGGAUGCUUCAGUAGAAGAGAGGAUAAUGAUUGUGAUCCCAAAUCCAUAUGCCUGUCACAGUAAUGAAAGGCAGCAGUAGGAAUAAAGACCAUUCAACAGACGGAGAGGGGACUGGAAAGCGACCAAAGAGAAAGUGUCUUCAGUGGCAUCCGCUACUUGCAAAGAAGAUUAUUGACUUUUCUGAAGAGGAGGAGGAAGACGAGGAAGAAGAAGAUAUUAAGGUCCAUCUUCUUAGCACUGAUGGUCUUGAGCACGAUGCAGACGAAACAGAAGAUGAAGAAUCUUCAGAGCAACGAGCUCGCAGGCCAAUGAAUGCAUUCCUUCUCUUUUGCAAACGUCACCGCUCCCUUGUACGGCAAGAACACCCCCGUCUGGACAACCGUGGCGCUACCAAGAUACUGGCAGACUGGUGGUCUGUUCUAGACCCUAAAGAAAAACAAAAAUACACAGACAUGGCCAAGGAGUACAAGGAUGCAUUUAUGAAAGCAAAUCCUGGCUACAAGUGGUGCCCACCUACAAGCAAACCUGUGAAAACCCAGUCAUCCACUGUUACUAACCGAAAGAAGCUGUGGGCAUUCCCAUCAGAAUCUGCAAAAGAUUUGCCAAGUCCCAAAAAGUUGGUGAAGAAAGAAGAAAUGCCUCAGCUGAACUUUGCAAUGGCAGAUCCUACACAAAUGGGAGGCCUCAGUAUGCUACUGUUAGCAGGAGAACAUGCCUUGACUGCACAAGAAGUUUCUUCAAGUACCUGCUGUUCUGAUUCAUCUAACUCUACUGAAGGAUGUAUAAAGUCUCCGUUGUUUCAGUUUGCAGAGAUUUCUUCUAGCCCAUCACAGCUAGAUGCCCCUGCGGAUUCAAAAGAAAAUGAUGAAUCAGCUCUGUUUCAUUUUUCAGAGCUGGGGAGUCCUGAACAUUUGAAGCACUGCAGGAAAUCAGCACUCUUCCAAUUGGCGGAGAUUUCGUCUAGUACAUCCCAUUCAGGUCCUCCUGAAUUAACAAAGCAUUGUGGGACAUCGGCAUUGUUUCAGUUGGCAGAGAUGUGCCUUGCAUCCGAGGAAGUAAAGGUGAGGGAACCUGGGAUAGUUAAACUAGAAGCAUCUAGGAUCAUCAAGGCCUUUGAAUCACCUGAGCAGGUAAAAGUUGAGGAACCAGAAAAGGUCAAAGUAAAAAUAGAAAAAUCUCUGAAGACAAAGGGCCAUGAACAUGAAAAGACAAACACUGAAGUGUUGGAGGAGAUGGCAAGAUGCUGCCUGGCUACAGAUCCCGCACUGGACAACACAACACUAGUUGCACCUGACAGCUCAAUUGCCAAGGACCCUGCAUGCUUUUCCCAAGAACUUGCAAUGGCCAACAUCAGCACCUUAGGAUUAAGCAAGCCAGAAAAGCUAAAAAAGAAAAAAAAGAAAAAUAAACUGGACCGGCAAGAACUUGAAAAAUGUACCUCUAAGAAAGCUUGCAAAAAAAGGCAGUCUUCUGAAUCAGACAUUGAGAGUGUCAUUUAUACUAUUGAAGCAGUUGCAAAAGGGGACUGGGGAGCAGAGAGACUCAUAGAAGUGCCCCAUAAGAAAAUCUGUCCUCCUUCAACAGUGAAGGGGAACAUCUUGGACACAAAGUCACCAAAGAAAAAAGUGAAGUCAAAACAGAAGAAAGCACUGAAGGAAAAAUGUGUAGAUACCCCCAAAGAAUCAAAGCCCCAUGAUGUUAACAUUACAGAAAACAAGGAGCUGCUAUGUGAGGCACCUGAAAACAUCAAAACAGAACCACUAACACCAAUGGAGGACGUAAUGCCACAGGGUUUACCAGAGCAAGUCAAAAUUGAGGAUAGUGACUGUAACAAAAAGGCAGAGACAUGUGGCGCUAGAAAAUCAGAGAGAGCUUGCAAGGGUGCUCUGUAUAAAACUCUGGUGUCAGAGGGCAUGCUUACAUCCCUCCGUGCCAAUGUUGAUAGAGGGAAACGAAGCUCAGGAAAAGGUGGCAACUCUGAUCAUGAAGGAUGCUGGAAUGAAGAAAACUGGGCAUUUUCCCCAGUGGGAACAAGUGGGAACAAAAAGCUUAAAAAACCUAAGCCAAAGGAAGAAAUUGUUUUGGGCUUAGCAAAGCUGGAAGAAGAAUUUGAGAAAAAAUUCAACAGCCUUCCUCAAUUCAGUCCUGUCACAUUUGACCGGAAGAGUGUGUCUGUACCAAGAAAAAAGAAAAAGGUUGGGAGCUACUCAGCAGACCAACCAAAAUCUAACAAAGAGUCUGCAGCAACACAAGAACCCUUGGUUGGCAGCCAGAAAAGAAAAGCAAGGAAAACCAAGAUUACACAUCUAGUCCGGACUGCAGAUGGCCGGGUCUCGCCAGCAGGUGGAGUUUUAGAAGAGAAACCAAAGGAGCAACUGCAGAGUAGUCUUCAGAAAGCAAAUACGGGAACUGACUGCAGCGAAGAAUCCUCCCAAAACGCUGAAUUGGAGGAAGGUCAUAGUAUUACACCAGACAUGCCAUCUGUAUCUGCCUUCUUUAGCUUAGCUGCUCUGGCAGAGGUGGCAGCAAUGGAAAAUGUACACAGGAAUCAGAGGACAGCACCUCUCCCUUGUGAUGGACAGCCAAAAGAAAUGUCUCAGGCUCCAGUGCUUAUUUCCUGCGCUGACCAGUGAAGCUCUACCCUAUUGUAAAACAUUGUGCUUUACCUAAUAUCCUAGCCUUGUCUUUACCAAUGGAUACUAGUCAGUCCAUGUGAUGGAGGAAUCCAUAGACUGAAAAUGAGUGGUUCGUGUUCAGUGUGGCACAGAUUUCACUGAUACCUUGGGACGGGUCCCUUCCAGUUUGGGGCCCAGAAUCUAUUCUAAGGGGGAUGUUAUUUUUCUGUUAAGAAACAGAAAUGAAAAGAUCUGGAGUUUUGUUUUGUAUUGAAGGUUUUUAAAGUGGUAAAUGUAUAGUUACAUGGAAGAGGCAGACUUUACUGUAGCUCACACAGCAUCUGUUUUAUCAACCAGAGUUUGGAAAGUAGUUUCAUAUAAUAACUAGUUACUCUAAACAAAAAUUCAGAGGAGGAGAUGGGGGAAAGGGGAAGAAACUGAUGCACUGCACUAGUUACUAGAUAUUCUUAGUCCUUUUUGUACAUGAAGAUUUAUGUUCUGAGAUGGUUUAUAUAAUAGGUUAUGCCUACAUUUAUAUUUUAGAAUGAAUUUUAAGAACCUGUUUGGAAAAUCCAAGAAAGCAUGGGCAGGUGUGCUAUUGUUAGCGGUCUAUGUGCCGUUGUAUGGCCCAGGAGUUCUGCACUUUUUUUGUAUUUGCCACCAGGGGGUAGAGUUUAUUGGCAAAAAAUGUUGACAGGCUUUAUUUUGCUUGGUUUUUUUAAAAAAAUUAAGCAUAGAAUAAUGAGCAUGAUUUGCAUUUGAAAGAAAGGUUUGACAUAUUGAUAAGAACAAUACUACAAAUUAUUGAUUUGUCUUUCAAGCCUUGCAGGGUUCAUUUAUUUUUGGAUAGAAGUCUAAAAUAACUAUGUGGAAACUAAAGCAGUGAAAUGGGUGGCGGGGGGGGGGGGGGAUACUAUUAAUAUGUUGUUCAGAAGUGACCUUAGUAUUACUUCACUCUUUGGGGGAAAACAACCUUUUCUAUUGACAUGCACACUGAUGUACAUAUUUUGCAUUUUACAGACACUGGAAUUGUCAUAAAUACUAUGCACAGUCUAAAUUGGCUUCAUCAGUUGUAUGAAGUGCUAGUGCUAGUUUGAGAGGGUAAAGUGCUGAGUGUCACAUUAGUAAGGGAUGAAGGAGAAAUGAAGUUACAGAAUUAGGCUGUCAAAGAGAUCCUUUUCCAGUUCAUGUUUUUUGUCUUGAUUCUGUGUUGUAUCUUACUCCCAUGCACACAUCUCAUGCCAUGGCAGAGUCCAGAUUAUUCUAAAAACCAUUUCCUUCUGUUUAUUAACCCCACACUGAUCUCAGUUGCCAGUCAUCUGACACAGUACACAUGGAGCAAUUUUGGCUGCUGUUGCUCAUUUACUUUUUCAAAUCACAAUCCCACUGAUCAGCUGCCUGUUCUUGAAGAGCUGAUUCAUAGGAUUUCCCCUUCAGACCUACACCCCCAUUUGUUGGACCAGGAAGGGUAAUUGUGUAGACAGCAGCACCUGUUUGUAUGCACAGUUCCCUGUCCAGCUAAAAGUACACAAAUGGAAGCCUGCUUCCACACACACAAAGCCCCUGGCUGGAUCAGGGCAGUGUUGUUCCUAGCAGUAAAAAAUGAAUUAUUAUUAGAAUUCGACAUGAAGCUGCACACUCAACACAGGGUACUUCUUCCACAGCACAAGAUGUUUCCCUAUUUGUUUUGCAUCAUAGCACAAAGACUUCUUAACCAAAUGCUAUUGACCAGACCCCAGCAAUAAUUUUCUAUAAGUCGUCUUGUCUCUGGUGGAAUUUUGUGAUAGCAUUCAAUUCAGCAAGACUCUUUUUUAUUGAUUAGGCUCUAUACGAUGAGAGUUUACACAAUUUUAUCAGGCUUUCUUAAUUUAUACUUGACAGAAUUGAUAAAGGAUGUGUGUUUGGGGGUUUUAUUUUUUAUUUUAUUUUUUGUAAUUGGAUUUAAUAGCCAUAUGAAAAGUGACUCUUAAAACCUGCUUGGAUUAGCCUUUAAUUGUUGUAAUCAGUGCAUGUCUUUCAGUGUCUGUGUCAAUCUCAGACAAUUCACACACAUUGUAAUAACUGGAGAAAAUGUCAUUUCAACCCAUGUAAAAAUCAGAGACUUACUCACAGAUGUAAAGGUUGAAGAAGUGGAAGAAGGAAAAAUGCAAGAAAGAGAAAGUUACAUACUUUUAGAAAAUUUAGGUAGAAGAAUAUUCCACAUGCCUCUGGAGCCUGCCAUACUAUUUUAAUAGCUCAAUUUUCUGGAAAUUUUCUAAAUUAUUGUGUCAUCAUGCCAUAUUCUUGGGCAUAUAUUGUUAUAGUUUUAGAAUUGUAGGCCCAUGUAUUAGCUGUGGUUCAAACCUUUAAGUAGCUGAAAUCUAAAUCCUAUAUGGUUCAGCCUGUUCAGUACCACCAUCCUUGCACCAUUUUAAAUUUGAGUAUUGUUUCUAAAACAUCUCUUUAUAUGAAUGGUGCCUUUUAAAAGAUGCAGACAGUUAGGGUUUUUCUUUCCCCUAUGUGAAUUAAUUCCUUGAUUAUCCUUCUUUCCUAAACCGCAGUUAUUAUCUCUUAGACACGGGACUGAAUUUGGAUCAAAUUUACUGACUGUGAGUGUUUUCUGAUGCUUGUAAACCUUUCUGUAGAUCUGCUUAUUUUUUUAGCAAUUAGGCACCGAGAGCAACAGAAAUUUUACUUAUAGUACUUUGGGAGCACAAUUCACUUGGAUAUUGUUCUGCCCAAACCCCAUGGGAAUGCGCAUUAAGUUUUUACACAGAUCCCAUUCCUUUCAGUGGGGUUUCUUCAAGAUAAUUUCCAGAUAGAUUGUGCACUCUGGCUCCCCUCCCCCCCCUUUUUUUUUUUUUCUUGAUUCUCUAAAUGAUGUCUUGAUUUCAGUAGGGAUAUUUACAGAAAUUGUUAGAAUGGAUAUCCCUAAGUUCAAAUAGAAACAAUUGUUAGCAUAAAAAAAAUCAAUCCAACAAUGUACUGUUUAAAUGUCUGUUUUUGUUUUUAAUUUCCAUUAUUUUGUGUUUUUCGAAAAUGAAUUUCUGUGGCAUGUAUAUACCAGCAGUGUUGCCCUUCCAUUUAUAUCCAUGAAUUCUUAUAGAAACAGCAAUGUUGCACCUUAAAUAUUUCAAACAAACCAAAAUAUUAUGUUAUCCGCUUUAGUGUUUAUUCCAAUAUUGUUAUAUUAUAGUUUACCAAACCCAUUCUAACUUAGCAAAAGCUAUCAGUAUUUAUGCAUUUAACAAUAUUCUCUAGAUUUGAACCUGUGUAUGUCUUUUUUUUACAAGAAAUUUAAAUAAGAUAAAUUAUUCUUGCCCUCUUCUAUGGUUUCUUAAUGAAAGGGAGGAUAUAUUUCUCAAGUGUAAAAUUUAGCACUGUCCCAUUUCCAUUGUCGUUGUUUAUUUAUUUAGUGACCUUUGAUAUUUCAUAUACUGUACUGUAGUUUUGAGGUAUACACAUAGUAGCUGAUACUGCAAGCAAAGAAUCAGCUGGGAGAAGGAUACUGUAAUGUCAUGUUCAUGAAUUUGUGUUAGUACUGUAUUAGAUGAAGGGAUUAGAAGGAAAUUCUGCAAAGUAUUUAACAUGUACAUUUGAUUUUGAUUUUCCUGUUGGGGUGUUUUCCAUAUACAAGACCAAAACUGAUGUAAAAUCUUGUGGAGCUGAUAUCAUGCUGUUGUACUUAUGACAGUAAUUUCCUCUGGAUUGUACUGUGAUUCCAGAAAUAGGAUAUAUUUAUUUAAGAAGAAAUAGUGUGCUUUUUUUUACUAAUACAUUAUACAAAGCAAUGAGCCAAGGAGUUCAAUCUUUGCCUCACUGUCCAGCUUAUAGUUCAGUCCCCAACUUUCAGAAUUGACUUUGAAAUUGUUGUGGUAUUGGGAUAAGCAACAGGGUAUAAUGGGCUCCAAGUUUUUUUUGUUUUUGUUUUUUGUUAUUAUUAUUAUUAUUAUUAUUAUUUGAUAGUGGACUUGGUUGCUGCUUCUAAAUAACACAAGUAGCAUACAUGUAGCUGCUAGUUACUUGAGAGUUGCUUGCUCUGUUCACUUGCAAACCCACAAGAGUUGUACACUGUGUGCCACAACAAGGAAAGACAUAAUACAAAGUGUCUGCCUGUCAGAAAUGGUGUAUCCCUAAGCUGAAUUGGCCAAUAUAUAAAGAUAGAGUGAGAGAUGCAUUAAAUUUUACCUUUCUGCAGAGAUAUACAAAAGGCAUAGUUUGGAUGGUGCUUCCUACCAUCCACAGCAGGAAGAGUAAAGUGAAAACACACACUGAAUUCAUAUGAUGAGUGAUGAGAAAUUUUAUAAAUGUAGCCAGAGAUGUAUGUAUCCUGCUACAUUUGCAGACUUCUUGAUAAAGAGUCAGACUGGCACAGAUUAACCUCGCUGCUGGGAAUGGAGAAAAUCCACAUACAUGUCUUGUUUAUGUGGAGCCUCAAUUGCAGAAUUGGGGGCACCAGCAUAUUGUGACUAUAACACAAUACAGUUGUCUGUAGUGAUCAACUAUACAGAGGAUUUUCAACCAACCGUGUGAAAAGGACUGUAGGAAUGUUUUCUAAAUGAACAAGGGGAACACCUUCUGUACCACAUUGGGGAUCAUUUAGACAGCUAUCACUGAGUUAUUAAGUGAUACUUUUUUCAGUCAUUCAUGGAAGGGAGAGAAGAUGCUGGUUUAAUAUAACCUUAGUAUGGAGCAUUAGAAUAACACAAUUUUUCAUGAUUGUGUCAUGUUCAGCAACUGUAAGAAAUGUUUUCAUUUUAAAGAUAAUAGCUAGGGAACUGGGUUAAUCAAAAAGGCAGGGUUUUCAGGUUUUCAUUUUGAUGGGAGAGGGGUGGGGUUUAUAUUCUGUGAAGGAAAAGAAAUAUGGUAAAGACUAUAAUGAUUGUUGGGCUUGCCUUGUACUUUUGUGUAUUUAUGCCUCUCAGCAGCUCUCUGUUCUACAACUAAUUCUAAUAAUGCUACCUCUAUUAAAGGCUACUGCAGUUGACUUCCAUUUGUUUUCAAGAUUCCUCAUGAAAUCUUCCUGAGCUAAUGGAUAUUUAGUUUGAAUUACUCUCCAGUACAUUUUUAUUUCCUAAAAACAGCAGCAAUUCUGUACAGGGGACAGUGUAACUCUCAAAACUGAUAUCUAUAGUAUUCAUACCAUUGAUCCCUAACAAGUGAGGCAUUUGUUUGGUAUUAAUGAGGCAUUGUUUUUCUUCUGUAUACAUGACAAUAGAUGUUGCUUUUAAAACACUUGCAAUCUGGUGUGGACACACAAACAUACAUACAUGUACCACAGUGAAAAGAAAAAUGCUCCUUUCCCCAAAAACAUUUCAUAAUUGAACUGUAUAUUUAUCUUCCUUUUGAAAAACUGAGACAAUACCUCACAUGCAGAAUUCCAUGCAAACAACUGGAUUUAUUUUGUGAUAGUCUGGACUCUAUCCAUAGUUUACAAUAUCAUUACCAUGGCAUAUAAUUAUGUCUUGUACAUGCAUAGUAUGAAAACAUGAUCUGCAUUAGAUGCUGUUUGUUUUUCAUUGUUGUGGGUCAAGAUGCUAACUUGUAGAGCCCUUAAAUCUAUCCUACCCUUGCAUUCCCCACACACACUUUUGUAUAAAUUUGGCAUCUGCACAUAUCACAACAUAACACAUUUCAGUAAGCUGCAAACUAAGGCACAGAUUUCAUGUUUCUGAUGACUUAAAUAAAACUAAGUUUGUUCUUCUCA